CGACUUCACCAAAACAUGAGUAACAUCUACAUUCAAGAGCCGCCGACAAACGGCAAGGUCAUCAUUCACACGACAGUUGGAGCCAUCGAUAUCGAGCUAUGGACGAAAGAAGCGCCGAAAGCCUGCCGGAACUUCGUUCAAUUAGCUUUGGAAGGCUACUACGAAGGAACUAUCUUCCAUCGAGUGAUCAAAGGGAUGUGCGUUCAAGGCGGCGACCCCACGGGAACGGGGGAAGGCGGCGAAAGCAUCUACGGGAAACCUUUCAAGGAUGAGAUCCAUUCGAGAUUGAGAUUCGUCAGGCGCGGCCUGGUAGCCAUGGCUUCAGGCGGGAAAAACGAUAACACGUCUCAGUUCUUCUUCACCUUCGGUCCCACGCCGCAUCUCCAGGGGAAGCACACAAUUUUCGGAAAGGUCGCCGGUGAUACCAUAUACAACAUGAUGAAGCUCGAAGAAGGUGAUGUGGACGAGGAUGAUCGACCCGAGUUCCCGCAGAAAAUCACCGGCGUCGAGGUCGUUGAUAAUCCUUUCCCGGAUGUCGUACCACGCAAAAAACUCAUCGAGAAGUCCGAGAACGACUCGAAACCUAAGAAAGAAGCCGGCAGAAAGGACUUCAAGCUGUUGUCGUUCGGGGAUGAGGCCGAAGAGGAAGACGACGAGCUGUCUGAAAUCAACGAAAAACAGUUCCGGGGGAAAAGUAAAAGCAGUCACGAUCUUCUGAAAGACGACAAAACCCUCAGUUCGGAGGCUGCCGUCGAGGUGACAUCGCAGAAAGAUGGCUCCACGAGCGCCAAAGACGGUAUAAAGGGUAAAGUUGAUCGCAUCAGGGAGAAGCUCGAAAGCAGAGGCUCAAAAUCCGAGUCCGGCAAAGACAAAGCAGGCACGAAGUCGAAGUCCGCGAAAGAUUCCGAUUGCAGCAGCGGAGAUGAGAGAGAUAUUCACGUGGAUAAUUAUUUCGAGGAGGAGAGGAAGCGGAAGCGGCAAAAAGAAGCUGAAGAGCACCGUAAAGAGUAUAAGCAGCUGAGGAAAGAAAUGAAAGGAGACACCCAGCAGAAAAAUGCCAAAACCGAGGCCACAGAUGAUCCGAACUCCUCCAAGGACCCGGGUAAGACUUAACGCCCGAUCACCUCUGUUUUACGUCAUAUCGCAAGAAACGACAUGUUGGCCUCCUUCUACGCUGAACAGAGUGCGUACAGCAAAACUACGACUGUAAAUUUGAAGAAAGCUGGGCAAUCUAGUCGGGAAGCGCAGACGCUGGCGAUGCUCAAGAAGUUCAGGGCUCGUGCCGAAAAAUCAAAAGAAGGAGCGUCCGACGACGCAGAAGAUUGGCUCAAUCAUGAACUUCGCUUCGAGGAUCAGGGUCCAAUCCUUGCUAAAGAUGCCUCGACGCAGAAAGAGGACAUGUACGAUAUCACCGAUCCACGACAUCCACUGAACGCGCGGAAAAGGCAGAAGCCAGGACACAGUGAUCGACAUCGAAGCCGAAGAUGA